AAUCGCUGCGAUUCUUAUCAGUUUUGAUAAACACAAUGAGUGGCAGUCCAAAGAAGUUAAAACAAGGCCGAAAAGUGGUUCUCUUUUAUUGUAUUCUCGUAAAAAAGUGCGCUAUCGACGUGAUGGUUACUGUUGGAAAAAACGAAAAGAUGGCAAAACUACCAGAGAAGAUCACAUGAAACUUAAAGUACAAGGCACUGAGUGCAUCUAUGGUUGUUAUGUACAUUCUGCCAUAUUGCCCACAUUUCAUCGCAGAUGUUACUGGUUGUUACAGAAUCCCGAUAUUGUUUUGGUUCAUUAUUUAAAUGUUCCAUAUCCGGAUGAUAAUAAAAUGGCUGUUAUUGCUCCCAGCAUUAGUUUAUGGGGCGAUAAAAAGGAAUGGACUAAAGAGGAACUUGUUAGUCAACUAAAGCCAAUGUUAUCCACUGUAACAUCAGAUGAUGAAUCAGAUUCUGGCAAUGACAUCGAAAUAUCGACUGCCGAAACUGUAGAAUCCAUAGUCUGCCAAUUAAUGGAAAAACAACGUCUCUCACGUCAAGCCGCUCUAGUCAAACAAUUAGAUUGUGGCUGUGGUGAUGCCUCCUGUGCUGAUGGUAAAACCUGUACACAUCCGGUUAUGCGACGGCCGAGUCUUAUAAAGGCCACCAAUGAAAAACGUUUACCAGCCACAAAUGCUGUGGAACCAUACAGUGCCAGUAAUACGCCAAAUGUUGUUGUUGGUCCCAAGCUCUAUUCAAGAUGGGCGGAUAAACGGGCAAUACGUGAUUCCUCAAAUAGCAUGGACACCAAUGGCUAUCAGCAUCAUCAUGGUCAUGGACAUCAUGGCCAAACUCAACAGCUGACACAAGAGUCCGCUAUAAAAUUUCAAAUUAUACCGCCACACAACGAACAGCAGCAGCAACAACAACAGCAGCACUAUCGACAUCAUUAUAAUGCAAAUGGUAGUAAUACAUCAGCAGCAGCAAAUCAUCAACAAUUGAUAGCAUCGAGAAAUAAUUUAAUUAUGCAGCAUCAACAACAACAAAUGCAUACAAAUCAAUCAAAUUUCAAUCAAGUACACAACCAAAAUAAUAAUAAUGUCAACCACAAUACUAAUAACAACAACAACAAUAACGGCAAUAACAAUUUACAACGUUACACUACAAAUAAUAACAAUGCCAAUAUGCAAUCACAACAGCAACAACAACAGCAGCAGCAACAACAUCGUUUUCAAAUAGCUAAAACAACAAUUACUGCAAUGGAUAAUAACACAAUUAAUCAACAGCAACACAACAACAAUAAUUUAGCUUCCGUUUCCUCUAUCACAGUCAAUAAUAAUGGUGGUGGUUUAGUAGUGGGUGGUAGUAGUGGUGAAAUUGCUGUUGAUUUGUUGAACACACAAAAUCAUUCUCAUCACACCCUGCAACAGCAUUCAAAUCAAGCGAUGAGUACAACGAAUUCUAAUACAAAUAAUAAAAUUAACCACAACACAAAUAUCAACAACAAUACCACAAACCCAAAUUCACAUCAACAUGCAAAUCAAACAAUAACAACAACAUCGACAACGCCACUGGCAGUAGCAACAAAUUCGACUUCGUCUACUUCUUUGAAUUCCAAUAUUGUAACAACGACAAGUCAACCACAAUUGAUGUCAACACCUCAUCAUCAACAACAAAAUGAAUUAAAUGUCAUAAAUAAUAAUGGCAUGAACAGUAGUAAUGGCAACAAUAAUUGUAAUAAUAAUAACAAUACAACAACAACAUCAGCAGCAACAACAAAAUUUAAUAAUUACAAUCAACAGCAAUUAAAUACUUCCAACAACAGCAAUAACAAUAAUUCUUUAAAUUCUCAUACUGCAAACCAACAACAGCAACAAAAACUUGCUACACCACAAGAACAAUAUUAUAAAUUACAACAUCAUAAACAACAACAACAGCAGCAAUCAACAUCCCUUACAACAUCUAAUACUGUUGUGGCUGCCUCAUCAACAGUUGAACCCAUGUGUAUGUCACCAGAACAUCAACUCUCCUCCUCAUCUUCUAGUCUUUCACCACAAUCUCAACUCAAUCAACAACAGCAACAAACACAUUUAAUAAUUUCAUCUUCGGAUUCAGUAUCCGAAUCACAAUCUUCGAUUUCAUCAUCAUCGUUGUCUUCAUCAUCACAAACAUUUAUGGACGUAAAUCAAAAAUCUACUACUUCUACGGUAGUCAGUAAUAAUAAUAAUAGUAAUAAUAAUAACAACAAUAAUAAUAAUAUUGAAAAUGCACAGAUGUCUUCUAAUAACAACGAUUUAAGCAUAAACACUUCCAACAUCAACAAUAAUGAUAGUAACAACAGAAACAAUCAAUUAGAUGAGUACAACAAUUGUAACAUAAAUAAUAAUAAUAAAAAUACCACUGGUUGUGCAACUUCAUCCUCAGAUGCUUCCAAUUGCAAUAAUAAUAACAACAACAACAACAACAAUUCCAUCACAAGUCCACAGCAACAACCCUUAAAUACAAAUAAUCAGAACAGUAAUAAUAUAAGCACAGAUAAUAUACAACAUAAUACACAUGCAACCCCAACUUCAACUUCCUCAACAAUUUGUUUUGAUAAUUUAGAACAAAACCACCAUGGUGGCAAUCAAGUGCACCAACAGCAACAACAACAUGUAUCUACCGAAUUACACGAUACUUUGGGUUUCUUCAAUGAAACCUUAGAUCUAUCACACGAAGAUAUACAAAGAACUCUUAUUGCGAAUAUGCCAGGUGAGGGAACACUUUUGACUUCACUUGAUUUUAUGAACUCGGGUGUCUCUACUGGUGUUAGUAGCGCUGCUAAUAUUGUACAAAAUGUACAAUGUGAACCAGAACCUGAAUUAUCCACAGGUGCUGAGGCAGACGAUGAAGAUACCGAUGAUGUUUUUGCCAAUUUGGAUGCAUUCGAUAUGUUGGUUGAAUUUCCCGAAUUGGAUUUGGACGAUAAGCAGGCUCUAACAAAUACAGCUUUAGAACAAGCUGUUUCUGGGGUGGUGACAAAUGAGGCUUUAAGUAUUAAUUCAUCAUGUCAAAAUUUACAUCAACAUUCUCAAUAUGAUAGUGGUUCAACGCCGGGUUCAAGUUGUGAUAAAAAAGUAAUGAAAAUAUGUGAUUUCAGUCCCGACUGGUCUUAUCCAGAGGGUGGUGUAAAAGUUUUAGUAGCUGGCCCCUGGUCUUUAGAUGCCCACUACACGGUAUUGUUUGAUUCACAUCCAGUGCCCACAGUUCUGGUGCAAGAGGGUGUAUUGCGUUGCUAUUGUCCAUCACAUGAAGUGGGUUAUGCCACUUUACAGGUAUCGUGUGAUGGUUUUGUCAUAUCUGAUUCUGUAAUGUUUGAAUAUAAAAUGAUGACUUGCCAAGAGGCACCCUUCGAUGCCAACACCAAUGAUUGUCUUUACAAGUUUUCUCUAUACAAUCGUCUUACUACCAUUGAGGAAACCAUGCAGACUAAAGGUGAAGCAGUAACUGUUACAGCUUCACAGCAAAUAUUUUCUCUACAAGGCAACCUGGAAGAAAAACUUGUCAGUUAUUGUCAUCAAUUGACAAAAAUGUCUUGGCAAAAUAAUGGCACAAGUAGUAACACCUGGAAUUCGGGCUACAAAGGCAUGACACUUUUACAUUUGGCUGCAGCUUUGGGUUAUAAUAAAUUAGUUUGUGCUCUUUUAAAUUGGCGUAGCGAAAAUCCCCAUAUAAUUUUGGAAACUGAAAUAGAUGCUUUCAGUCAGGAUUCACAUGGCUAUACGCCAUUGACAUGGGCCUGUUCUCGUGGUCAUUUGGAUACUGCCGUUCUAUUGUAUAAAUGGAAUCAAAAUGCUUUAAAGAUUAAAAAUCAUGCACAACAAACUCCUUUAGAUGUGGCCGAUAAUAAGGGACACAAAAAUAUUGUUGCGGAAAUUUAUCGUUUGGAACAUGAACGUCAACGCAAGCAAAAUAAAGGCUCAUUAACUAGUUUGUCCAUCAAUCUUAAUAAAUAUUCCCUCAAUAAUGAUGACGCCGAUGAUCAUCCAUCAUUUGCCAUAUUUGAAUCUUCAGAUUCUCAGCGCAGUCAUGAUGGUGUAUUUUUAAGGCCUGUUGCUGUGGCAAGCAAUCAAAGUCCCCCUAAUAGCAGUCGUUUUUCGAAACGUUCAUCUAUAGAUAGUGGUAUCAGCAUGGACAUUAGAACUAAACCCAUGAAAUCAUUUAAAGAUAUAACACGAUUACACAGUCUUGAUGCACAUGACAAUUUUAACAAUUCAAUAGAGUCACCACUGGAUACAAUUGGCACGACCACAAAUACAACGAAUUCCCUACUUUCUCCUUUAAGAAAAAUGGAUUUUGCUUUGUGCGAAGUAUCAACUGGUGAUUCAAGUCCUUUGCCAGACAAAAAUAACGAUGAUGAUACAUCGACGAUUGAUAAUGAUGAUUGUAAUGACGAUGUAACUAUACCAAAUAAGAAUAUUGAUGCUGUUGUAGGGGAUUCUGAUGCUAAAGUUUUAACAUUAGCUGAACAUAUCAUAGCUGCUAUGCCAGAACGUAUUAAGAAUGAGGCUGAUGAAAUGAUGGUUUUGGGUAGUCCCAUGACAGAAACUUUAAACACUGAAUCAACGGGUUUAAAUGAUAGUUUUAUGGAUCCCCUAUUGGAUUCAUUGCCCAAUGCUCAUUUCGAUAAUGAAUUUAACUUUGAUUUUAAUGAUCAUAAUUAUCGUUACCAUGAGGUCAGUACACCUUGCUCAAGUUUAAGUCCUGCCAGUUCGGGACCUUUACAAUCGCCAGCCAGUUAUUCUAUACUGGGUCAUGAUCCUUCUGUUUCUUCGCCCAGUCCACCGCCCUCAACAAAACAGUUGACAGAAUUUUUGCAUGCCUCUAGCAAUACCCAGUAUCCAUUUGAGGCCGAUUUUUCAAAGUUAACUUUAACCGACACCGAGCAACGUGAACUAUAUGAGGCUGCUAAAUGCAUACAAAAAGCCUAUCGUUCCUACAAGGGACGCCAGAAGCUGGAAGAACAGAAUAAGGAACGCACAGCUGCUAUUGUUAUACAGAACUAUUAUAGACGCUACAAACAAUUCGCUUACUAUCGUCAAAUGACAAAUGCCGCUCUAGUCAUACAACAUGGUUAUCGUUCGUAUUGUCGUAAUAAACGUUUUAAGAAAUCUCAAACUUCCAAUCAUUUGACUGCAUCCGGUAGUUUGGCUGGUCUACAUAAUACCGACAGUCAGGAUAGUACGAACUCGCAAUGCUUAUCAAGCUUUUUCGAUAAUUUUAAUAAACAGGAAACUGAAAGUUCUCCUCAAUCGUGUACAACACCCAAAGAAACUAGUCCUUCGGGGCCAUUGAAACGUACUUAUUCACAAUCAACGCAAAAUCAAGCUGCCAGAAAAAUUCAACAGUUCAUGCGUCAAUCCCGUAUUAACAUUUGGGAUGGAAAUUUAACAACUUUGACUUCAGAGAGAACGAGCCGAAAAAGAGAAGCUGGUGCACCAACGCAGGGAGGAAUACCUUCAAAACUUGCAGUAUCAAGGACAACCGGAAAUUGUUUGCCCAAUCGAAAAGAGUGAUACAAUUCAUAAAGACUCUAACGAGCUUGUCAGCAAUGACAUUGUUACAAACAACAAUCAUGAUUUAAACUAAAACUAUUUUAUUUAAAUAUAAAAUACUUUAUAAAUAAUAAAAACAAAAAUUGUAAAUUACAUUAUUAAACAUACAUACACUACAAAUACAUACAUACAUAUAUAAAUGUACUAGUUAUAUAGAUUAUAAAUUUACCUUGAAUUUAUUCCUAGCCACAAAAAAAAAAACAUCCUCUUCCUAGUUUUUCUACUACCACUAUUACUACUACUUCUACUAUAAAUAUGUAAUAUUUAGCUAAAUAAAUUUCAAAUUUAUUAUUGAAAUUGAAAUUUUUUUUUAAAUUAUUUCAAAAAGAAAGCUUUACUUCAAUGAAAUGAGUGAAACUAUUACUUACUAUUAUUAUUAACUACUAUUCAAAAGUAAAAAAACAUACACAUUACUAAAUAUAUAUUAUUACUAUUUAAUAAUUACUACUAUUACAAUUUAACAAAAGAACCGAACAGAACAGAAGAGAAAUAUUCAAAUUGUUAUCAUUACUAUUGUAAUUACGUAUAUAAUUAAUAACUAUUUAAAUUAAACUUCAAGCAUUAUUUAUUUUUAUUUGUUUUUUUUUUUAUAUUUUAAGUAUGAAAAGUAAAAAAACAAAAACAAAUUGAGAAGUAAGACCUUUUUAAAAGUUAUAAACACUUUUUUUAAAAUAUAAAAUAUUUAGUAUGAAUGAAUAUGUAUUAGAUAGAUCUUUUUUCUUCUAUUUAUAUAUAUAAACAUUAUAUAAACAAAAUAAUAACAACAACAAGAAAAAUGUUUAUGUAAUAUGUGCACUUUUUACUACCAUUUA